ACAGAAACUUCAAGACAUUCUCUGUUGUGAUAUCUUAAGCAGGAAGAUCGUCCCUUAUUUGUCCAAUUCUGCGCAAAUGAUCCAAAUGUUCUGCUGGAAGCAGCUAAAAGGGUGGAGUCCUAUUGCGACUAUGUUGAUAUAAACUUUGGAUGCCCUCAGAGGAUUGCGAGGCGAGGAAAUUAUGGAGCCUUUCUUAUGGAUAAUCUUCCGCUGAUAAAAUCACUUGUAGAAAAGCUAGCUAACAAUCUCCAUGUUCCUGUUUCAUGUAAGGUUCGCAUCUUCCCAGAUCUGAAAGACACAUUAGCAUAUGCAACAAUGCUGGAAGAGGCCGGUUGUGCUCUUUUGGCUGUCCAUGGUCGCACCAGAGACGAAAAGGAUGGGAAAAAAUUCCGGGCAGAUUGGGAUGCCAUCAAAGCAGUAAAGAAUGCUGUGAGGAUUCCGGUCCUUGCAAAUGGAAAUAUCCGCCAUUUAGAUGAUGUUCACAGCUGUUUGAUGCACACGGGUGCUGAAGGUGUGCUGUCAGCUGAGUCACUUCUCGAGAACCCAGCACUUUUUAGCGGACUCCGGACAGCCGAAUGGAAAGAUGAUAGCGAUAAUAAUAGCUUCAAAGAUGCUGGAUUGGACCAGGCAGAUCUUGUGGAAGAAUAUUUGAAGCUUUGUGAACGAUAUCCCGUGCCUUGGAGAAUGGUUCGAUCUCAUGUGCACAAGAUGUUAGGGGACUGGUUUAGUAUACAACCACAUGUUAGACAAGAACUUAAUUCGCAGUCAAAACUUACAUUUGAGUGGCUUUAUGAAAUGGUAAAUAAGCUUAGGAAUCUUAAUGGGAGGAGUCCACUAUACAAAGAUCGCAGUGCGAUUUGUAAUUCUUUAUUUACGUAAAGCUUAUGGAAUUUAGUAUUAUGCUAUACUAAGGGAUUUCGUGUACCACCAGUUUAUGUGAUCGCCGAAUGGUUCAAAUGUUUGUGAAGGUAAACCAUAGCGGAUGAUUUGAAGGGUCCUAUUUUGGUCCUCUGAUUCUUAGUGCUAACUGAAAUGGUACUAUACUGUUUAGUUUAUUAUAGGAAUUCUUUCAAUGGCCCAACUAUAUAUUUGAAAAACAUGUUCUCGGGGGCUAUGUCAUGACGCUGAUGUUGUUGUUGGUUGACUGUUUGCUCUAUAUAUAGUUUAUGAUGAUCAUCAUUGUUAUUAGUUUUAUACUAA